AUGUUUAAUGGAAUCACAAAAAGUAUUUCUACUAAAACUAUGAUAAUACCAUCCUUUUCAAUAAGGUGUAUCACUACAUAUUUACACACAGGAGCAAGAGUUCGUGGCUUGAAAAGAGACCCAACCGAAUACUUGAAGACCAGUAACGGUCUAGAAUAUAUGAAAGUGAACCAAGAUAACUAUUAUUCAAUUGUUAAAAAAAAUUUAAAGCUGGACGAAUAUCAAAUCAAAUUAGCUGAUUCCAUUAUUUUGCAAAGCUUAACCCAUAAAUCAUUUGCUCAUGGUUUAAAACCAUAUAAUGAAAAGUUGAGUUUGUUGGGCGGUCAACUACUAAAAUUAGUAUGCGCUUCAAACGUCAUUAACAUACCACCUUCAUCCUCAACAAGUAGCAGCAAUAAUAAUUUCAUAAACGGUAAAGAUUUAAGUAUAUUAGGUACUUCUUUUGGCAAAGGUUUACUAUCUAAAGAAGUUGUUUCCAACAUUUUUGAAACUAAUUUUAAAUUAGAUGGUUUAGUAUUUUGGAAAAAGAGAAGUUUAAUUACUGCUAACGAUAAUUUUAAUGGUGAACAAAAAGUUUUCGCUUCUUGUUUACAGGCUAUUGUUGGCGCUAUGCUCUUGACAAAUGGUAAAGAAAAGACUAUAGAUUAUAUUAAUAAGGAAAUCUAUAAUCAUUUGGUAAAAAAUAUUAAAUGA